UUAUGACGAGUGAUGUUUUCCAUCAUUGCGACGAAAUUACUUUGAAACCAAAUAUUAUUUUUUAUCUUACAGAAUUAAUGUUUUCUUGUAAAACCGGGUGUUUCCCCGGGAUUUUAAUGCUCAUGGUGUGAUAUAGAUCUUAAGGGACUAGUUUUAUGACUUGUAUGUGAAUUGAAAAGCAUUUAAACUGGUGUCACACCAUGGCUGUGCCGUAUCAUUUUUUAGUUUACGCAUUUGUGUGUUUAACGACUGUUAGUGCAUUUUACUUGCCGGGAUUAGCACCGGUCAACUAUUGUAGAGCUGGAGAAGACAGUGGAAAAUCAUGUAAAAACGAAAUACCACUAUAUGUAAAUAGAUUAAAUACUGAAGAAUCAGUCAUACCAUUUGAAUACCAUCACUUUGAUUUUUGCCUUUCUGAUGAGACCCAAUCUCCCAUUGAGAAUCUCGGACAAGUUGUCUUCGGUGAAAGAAUAAGGCCGAGUCCAUACAAGAUUAACUUUCUUGAGAAUGUCACUUGUAAGAAGGUGUGCCAGAGAACAUAUAAAGGAUCUGAUCCUGAAUCAACAAAGAAGUUAAAUCUAUUGAAAAUGGGUAUGGCUCUCUAUUACCAGCACCACUGGAUAAUUGAUAAUAUGCCAGUAACAUGGUGCUACUUGGUGAAUGAGGGUGGGAAAACAUAUUGCAGUACUGGAUUCCCAAUGGGUUGUCAAGUGAGACGUAAUUAUGAUACUUGUACACCAAUAGUUGCCACAUCUCCGAGUCAAGUGGGAGCUUACUUUUUGUUCAAUCAUGUUGACAUUGAGAUCACAUACCAUAGCGGAGGGAAUGAGGAGUGGGCUGUUGGGUUUGGGGACAAUGGUGGAAGGAUCAUAUCUGUUAAGAUAAAACCAGCCAGUAUCAACCAUCAAAACAUAAACAAACCUGACUGCAGCUCAAGGGUACCUCUCGAAGUACCAAACUCGCUAACGGGAGACGAGACUUUUAACGUUGUUUACACGUACAGUGUGACAUUCAUAAAGAAUAACACCGUCAAAUGGUCCUCUAGAUGGGACUAUAUCCUGGAGUCAAUGCCACAGACAAAUAUCCAGUGGUUCUCGAUAUUGAAUUCACUUGUGAUUGUUCUGUUCCUGAGUGGUAUGGUUGCGAUGAUUUUGCUGCGAACUCUCCAUAAAGAUAUAGCGCGAUAUAAUCAGAUCGAGUGUGGGGAAGAUGCGCAGGAGGAGUUUGGUUGGAAGCUGGUGCAUGGAGAUGUGUUCAGGCCACCACGUCGUGGUAUGCUUCUAGCCGUGUUCCUUGGAUCUGGCGCUCAGGUGUUCGGUAUGACAUUGGUCACAUUGGCGUUUGCCUGUCUCGGGUUCCUCUCGCCGGCGAACCGCGGAGCUCUGAUGACGUGCGCUCUGGUCGUCUGGGUGCUGCUGGGUGCAGCCGCUGGUUACGUCAGUGCCAGAAUUUACAAGAGCUUCGGCGGAAGACGUUGGAAGAGUAAUAUUCUGCUUACAUCCAUGGUGUGCCCCGGAGUGGUGUUUUCAAUUUUCUUCAUCCUGAACCUGGUGUUAUGGGGCAAGGGUUCUUCAGCUGCAAUACCAUUCUCCACAUUGGUGGCCCUGCUGGCGCUGUGGUUUGGAGUCUCUGUUCCUCUCACCUUCAUUGGAGCUUAUUUUGGAUUUAGAAAGCGGAUCUUGGAUCACCCAGUGCGUACAAACCAGAUACCAAGACAGAUACCUGAACAGUCACUCUAUACUCAGCCGAUACCCGGCAUUGUGAUGGGAGGAGUUCUGCCCUUUGGAUGCAUCUUCAUACAACUGUUCUUCAUCCUCAAUUCACUGUGGUCAAGCCAGAUGUACUACAUGUUCGGAUUCCUGUUUCUGGUAUUUGUCAUCCUUGUCAUCACAUGUUCGGAGACAACGAUUCUUCUCUGCUACUUCCAUCUGUGUGCUGAAGAUUAUCACUGGUGGUGGAGAGCCUUCCUCAGCUCGGGUUCAACAGCUGUUUACUUAUUUAUAUACUGCUGCCAUUACUUUGUUACCAAACUGAAUAUAGAAGAUGCCGUUUCAACUUUCCUGUACUUUGGCUACACAUUUAUAAUGGUAUUUCUAUUUUUCCUUCUCACUGGAACUAUCGGCUUUAUGGCGUGUUUCUGGUUUGUUAGGAAAAUAUACAGUGUAGUUAAAGUUGAUUAAAUAUAAUUAAUUUAAAUCAUAAUUAUUAUGCAUCUUGAUCUUAAUUUGCAAAUAUUUAUUAUUUCUUGUACAGCAAUAAAAUACCCAAAAAUUCUUAUUAUUUUUGAUGGCAAUUAAGAUAAUUAAAUAGUAUUAUGGACACACUGCGUUUUCAUUUGUAGUUCCAUUUUGUAUUAGACCAAAAAAGCACAAGAUUUUUUAUUGUUACUGGGCUAAAAAUCGUUGUAGCUUUAUAGUUUUUAUCAGGCCAUAUUUAAAGGUCCAGAUAUAACGAACGACUCCAAAAGAUAGCAAAAAGGAAAGAGAAGGAAUAUGUGUGGCUAGGCGAGUGAAAGAGGGGAGAGACCAUUUGCUGGCUUUCAUUCGCUGUAAGUGGACAAAGCAAAAUGAGCUAGUUUAUUUCCUUUAAUUGGGAUAUUUAUUAUGAAAAGGGAGGGGAUUAAAACGUCUUCAGAGCUGCUUUCAAUUAGUUUAAAUAAUGUAUAACUCCACAAUCAUGUUUGAGAUGUUUCUUUUUUUUUUCAAUAGCAUAAGAUAUCACUAGUCUUAAUUUUGUUUAGAAAUUGUACUUCUAGAGAGAUUUUUAUAAUGUGGGUAGUACACAAUAAUUGUAAUAAGCUUACAAAUUUCUUCAUCGGGUUUUACUGUAUAUGGUAUAGAUACAUUUAGUUUAGUCGUAGUUUGGAUUUAAUAUAAAACCAAUUGCGCCCCCCAUUACUUUUGAUUAACCGUUUUGUGUAUCUAGAUGUCUAUGUUGUAAAUAUUUAAAUAUAAUAAAAUGUGUUUGAUAAAUAAAGAACGGAUAUUGGGGGAGCUACAAUAUUUCAUAACCAUAUCAAGAAGUAUAUUGUAUUCUGUUUUGUAAUAAGAUAUUCUUUUUCAUGCAAAGCUGUUUGUGAUUACUUUAAUAAUGAUUUGUUACAUUUAUACAGUAUUUUAGUAUGACCAUUGGUUAAAAAAAUAUUAAUAAUAAAAAUCAUAUGCGAAAGGCAGUAUUGAUGUACAUACAUAGUGUAUGUACAUACAUCCAUAUUGCUAAUGUUUGCUUUGUUUCUCCUACAAAGGUGUAAACAUUCUAUCCCGAAUUUUUGGAGUUAUUUUAUAAUGUGAGUGUUGAAAUUUAUGCCGACCAAUAGACAAAUAGUAAUAAUUAAUGUUAUUUUUACAUUUCCAAGAUUUGUGGUAAUCUUAACAGUGACACAAAGGACAGUAAUAUGUUAUCUCAAUUUUCGCUUGUAUGAUUUAAUAGAACAGUCUGAAUCUUGCUAUUGUCACUAACCUUCUUAAUAAUAUGAUAGUGCUAUAUUUUGUUUUUCAUAUUAGUCUUUUUAACCGACUUCAAAAAAGGAGGAGGUUCUCAAUUCGUCGCUAUGUUUUUUUUUAUUUUUAGCUUACUACCUACAUCGUAUUUAUAUGAAUAGCCCACUUAUUGAGAUCAUAAAUAUUUUAGUUAGUGUCAUGGAUGUGUUUUUCAUUGAUAUAUAUUAUUAUUUACAUAUGGCGUGCAUAUUUAAGAUUCAAAUGUGUAUUAAGAUAUAUAGUAGUAGAUAAUAAUUAUAAAACUAUGUAUGUAUUUAAUUUCUUCAUGUUAUUGAAGUACCCAUUGUGGAUACAAUAAAGUGACUAUUUUAUAAA